AUGGGUGAAGAACCCUCUGAAGUCGGCUGGGUAUCCCAACCAAAUACUCGAGGAACCUUCGAUAUCAUCGUCUCUUGUCUCUUUACCAUCUUUGUCUGCUGCUGGACCAUAGUGCAUCCGAACAUCGCCACCCCACGCGCAUCGCCACCCCAGAGACUACUAGACAAGACGAUUUGCUUACUCAUAGCAGCUUUUGCCCCUGAGGUCAUCGUCUUCAUCUCUUGGUCUGAGUACACGCACGCGAGACACCUUACCUCGCGCUUUUGUUCCAAACCGCGUGUCGGUGGUAGAGUGUGGACAGUAAUGCACUCAUUCUUUGCCGGCAUGGGUGGGUUUACUAUGGCGUCUAAUGACAACAAGUCAAAUUGGGAGAACGGUUGGCUGAGUCCCGAUACCCUUCUGGCUUUACUCACAGACGGCCUCCUCGAUCCAAGCGAUAUCCCAGUGAAGGCUGUCAUUGAAGACAAAGGCAAGGCCGACUCUCUGGUGAAGGCUGUCGCACUUAUACAAGCGCUGUGGCUGCUGGCCCAGUGUAUCGCAAGGGCCAUCCAACACUUACCCAUCACUACGAUAGAAAUCGCCACCCUCGCUUACAUCCCUUGUGCAAUAAUUAUCUCCGUCUUCUGGUGGAGUAAGCCAAUGGAUGUAAACGAGCCUAUCCCUCUCCGCAUUCAACCCGAACCAGUGGAACUUCGUGGCAUGUUCGACGACAAUAGGGUGCAGCAUGACCAGGCAAACCCUGUCUCAGUUGUAACCUACAGCUAUCAGAAAUACCCUCUGGCAAGCGUGUCCGCAUCCGCCGUGCUAUCUGUGCUCGAUCAUAUCAACAUAUGGGGAUUGCUUACGGUAUUCUUCUGCCUCGUUUUUGGUGGUCUCCAUUGCCUGGCCUGGAAUUUUCACUUUCCCACCCCAGUCGAGAGGCUGCUGUGGCGAAUAUGCAGCAUAAUAAUCUCUGUUUCGAUACCGGCAGCAUGGCUGACCAGCACCGUGGUGUCUUUCGUACUGAAGCGAGUGCUCCCCAACAUUUGGUAUGGGCACGUCCAAUCUGAGAGCUAUUUUCACUCGACCAGUGACCGAGUGAGUGUCCGUGAUUGGUUUGCAUUUCAUCGAGUGAUCCAUGCGAUUGGCUUGAUCUUGUAUGUGUUGGCGAGAUUGUACCUGAUAGCAGAGAUGUUUUCGAGUCUGCGGUCCCAGCCAGCUGCGGCGUACAUCACGGUUGAGUGGACGAAUUUCUGGCCACAUGGUUGA